UCUGCAGCAUCAUCAGAUCCUCAGCAAGUUCAGUCAGGCGCCAAACAACUUGAACGAUGGGAGAAAGCCUCCGGCUACUAUAAACACCUACAGAGUGUAUUCGUCGACUAUUCAUUACCAUUCGAGAUCAGGUAUCUGGCCAUCAUCCAGCUCAAAAACGGUAUCGAGAAGUACUGGCGCAAGACCGCUGCAAAAGCGGUGAUUAGAUCUCGCCUACUCGAGAGUGGUAUCGAAGAACAUGACCACCGCUUAGCGCUACAAAACGCCCUCGUCGUUGCUAAAGUCGCUCGAUUCGAAUACCCACACGAUUGCACACUGAUUGGUACACUACGAUAUGCAGAACCGACCGCUAAUCCUAUUUACCUCCCCAACACAUUGCUCAUCCUUCUCUAUAUCGUCAAGGAGCUCUCCGCUGCUCGUCUUCAGAGAUCGAGAGUCGCUCUACAAGCUGCUACACCUGAGAUUGUACAAGUGCUCGGACAGAUCUAUCUCGAANAAGUACAGUCCUGGCAGGAGGCUUUGAGCAGCGGCAACGGUGAUCAAGAGACAUUGCAACAGACAAUGCACUCUAGCUUGUUGGCCAUCAAAACUCUGCGCAGGUUGCUCGUUGCUGGCUAUGAAUUUCCUAACCGAGAGUCAGAUGUGCAUCAGUUCUGGCAGCUUACCUACGCUCAAGUCGGCACUUUCAUGAACAUCAUAUCUGCGCAAGGAGCCACUCUUCCCGAUGCGCUUAAGGUGCCGCUCGAAAAGCAUUUGCUUCAGCUAGCGAAACUACAUCUGGAAAUGGCCAAGAACCAUCCUGCAGCCUUUGUGCUCUUACCAAAUUCUACUGAUCUUGUCGGCUCAUAUUGGGCCCUCGUCAAGCAGUUUGGAGAAACUUUCGGUUCUAGUUUGACCUCUGAUCCGUCUGGUGGAAUUGAUGGCGAGCACCAGGAGAAAGUCUCCCUUUCGAGUCUCAAGCUUGUUCGUGCCUGUAUCAAGAUGGUCUUCAACCCUGUACAAUCAUUCAAAUACAAGCAUCCGCAAGACAAGAUUGAAAAGGCAGAGGCAAUUGCGGCUGUCAAGGAGCAACUCCUGACAAAUGCCUUUGUCACCGAAGUUAUGGAAGUUGUUGUGACCAAGUUCUUCGUCUUCCGCCAAGGCGAACUGCAAGAAUGGGAGGAAGACCCUGAAGAAUGGGAGCAAAGUUUGGAGGGCGAAAGCGAAGGAUGGGAGUACAGCGUUCGAGCCUGCGCUGAGAAGUUGUUCCUGGAUCUCGCUCUCAACUUCAGAGAUCUGUUGGUUCAGCCGCUACUUAACGUUUUCUACACGGUUGCAGACAAUGAGGACGUCCUGUUCAAGGACUCGGUAUACACAGCGAUCGGGUUGGCUGCCGCAGUCCUGCAGCAGCAUCUCGACUUCGACUCGUUCCUGUCUAACACAAUUGUGGUCGAAGUACAGAAACAGAAACCUGGAUUCAACAUUCUGCGCCGUCGUAUUGCUAUCCUCUUGGGCCAAUGGAUCACCGUCAAAGUGUCUGCAGAAAACAGACCCCUUGUCUACAAAAUCUUCCAGCACCUGCUCGACUCAAGUGACUCCUGCAAUGAUCAGGUUGUCAGAAUCACUGCCGGACGACAACUCAAGAAUAUAGUAGAUGACUGGGAGUUCAGUCCAGAGCAGUUCCUGCCUUAUGUUCAAACCACGAUGUCACAGCUGCUGAGUUUGAUUGAAGAGGUUGACAAUAUGGAGACGAAGAUGGCGUUGCUCAACACGAUUAGUAUUCUGGUUGAACGAUUGGAACAUCAUACUAUCAUCAGCAUUCUGCCCAACCUCUGGGAACAGUCCGGCGACGUGCAUCUUAUGAAGCAGGCAAUUUUGACCAUCCUCUCCCGUCUUGUUACUUCUAUGAAGGCCGCUUCGGUGCCUUUCCAUCAUCUUGUGUUGCCCAUCAUCAAGGGUGCUGUGGAGCCUGGAUCAGACACUCAAGUCUACCUGCUUGACGAUGCCUUGGACCUAUGGGCGAACAUACUGAUUCAGACACCAGCCCCAGCGUCGCCAGAACUACUACAGCUGGCACCAUAUCUCUUUUCGAUCUUUGACCUUGGAUCAGAAAACCUGCGCACAGCUCUCGAUAUCACCUCAUCAUAUCUCUUCCUCGCUCCUACGGAGAUGCUCUCCGACGAGAUGCGCAAGCCAUUGAUGGCAUCUCUAUCUAACCUUGUGGGCUACGUCAAAGCUGAUGCUAGCGGGACUGUAAACAACCUCGUCGAGCUGAUCAUUAGAUCAGCUGAACGCAUUGGUGGCGAAUCUGCCAUCAGCACUAUCGCUGCCGAUCUCAUCGAGUCCGAUUUCCUUCGCAAGCAACUCAGAGGUCUACAUGGUAGCUGGAUUGCACACUGCACCACCGGCCCGCUCGCAAAAGAGCCACCGGUCGACGGCAUAGUUGAAACAGACUACUUCUCCGUACUUGCGCGCCUCGCAAUGGGCUCAGAGAAUACAUUCUUGCAAGCAGUGCAAGCCGCUGCACCGCCCAUCCCACUCAGCGACACCACCAACCAGCCUUCUCUUCAUGACUCGAUGAAGUGGCUGCUCGAAGAAUGGUUCAGUCACUUUGAGAACAUUGGCGACCCAUCCCGCCGCAAACUCAUGUGUCUCGCUCUGACAAAACUGCUGUCAACCUCCCAGCCAUUCAUCCUCGGCUCUCUCCAAUCUCUUAUGACCCUCUGGACAGAUAUGGUGACCGAGAUCCGCGAAGAAGGCGGUGCAGUCGACUCAGACACUCUAGUCUACGAUAACCCCGAUCAAUUGAGAAACACCGAAGCCGGUGUCAUCGAAGCACCCGAAGACGAAAGGAGAAGAGCAUUGACAUUUGCGGACCCAGUGCAUAACGUAAGGACCACGCAGUGGAUCAAGCAUUAUCUGCAACUUGCUAUCCAAGCUGCCGGUGGACAGGAGGCUUUCCAGAAUGAGUGGCUGGUCAACGUUGACAAGGAUGUUGUUGCUGCUUUCGGUGCUUUGGGCAUCAUG